AAAAACGCCAAACAGUAGUUCCGCAUAAAAAGCUACGCGGGUUAGCUCCAGCACGGAACUACUUUAGGUAACACGUCCUCCACUGAAAUGCCUUUUAAAAACAGUUUAUUUCUGUUGACGUAAACACGGUUGACUUUCCCGUCGAAGCACGAGUAACCGUCGCGGCGCGUGACGCCCGGUCGUCCGUUGAGCAGCAAUGAGCAGCCCUGAAUCUGUCCAGAUGGAGGAGGUCAGGAGGAGAUCCCAGUCGCUCCUCUCCUCCUCGGGUUCAGCCCAGGAUGUGAAGGUGGAGGUCCAGACCAUGGCCGCCCUCCUCCUGCCUCUGUCGGAGAAGUACCGUCACCUGGGGGUGGAGGCCAUGUUGGCGGAUAACACCACCUGCCGCAACACACAGGAGGUUCUGGAGUCUUUGAGUCGACUGGUCAAGGCCUUGAGCAUCCUGGAGAAGUACGGCUGUAACCUGACGAGUCCCGCCAGGCCCCGGUACUGGAGGAGCGUCAAGCACAACAACCCCGUCUUCAGAACCACCGUGGACGCCAUUAAGGGAGGCCGCACGGUCUUGUUUCUGUACGGUUACACCAGUCAGCAGCUCGACGGCCUCAGUUUCCCCGACGACGUCACCAAACCGGACGUCGGAAAAGUCGCCGCGGUGACGCUGGAGGUCAUGACCUUGCGCACGGAGGUGGACAUGCUCAUUAAGGGCACCCAUCCUCACCCAGAUAACUUCAGAGACAUCAUCCCAUUCAUCAUCCAGCAGGACAAGCCGGAGACCGACGUUGUGGUCGAGGAGCAGCCGGCAGAUAAACCGGCUCUGGACCCCGGAGGACAACCUCUGAAAACACCAACAGCGAGCGACUGCAGCCUGUGCGGCGCCGCCGCCUCGUCUCUGGUCUGCCCGUCGUGUGACGGUCAGACCUUCUGCGACGCCUGUGACGACCUCUUCCACCGCCUCCCCUCCAGAGCCAAUCACAGGAGAGACAAGACGCAGAAAGCCCAGCCCGUUGUGGGGAUUUGCACCAUCUGUGGGAUCUCUGCUGUGCACGCUCAGUGCUCCACCUGCGCCCAGAGGCUCUGUGAGAACUGCGACAAGCUUUUCCACUCGCACCCGGACCGCAGAGCACACAGCAGAGCCGUGGUCACCAAGACGUCCAGCCCUUCCUUGUCGCCGUGGGAGUGCGCUCACUGCACGACGGUGAACGAGACGCGCGCCGUCCUCUGCGCGACCUGCGAGCGUCCUCGGCUCGCCGCGUCCGCCGUCCAGGAGAACUUGGCGUCCGUCCCCACGUCUCCCAGCGCAGAGUGGCGCUGCAAGAGCUGCACGGUCGCCAACCAAGGCAGCAGCAUCCUGUGCGAGGUGUGCGAGCGCCCCCGUCUGGCCACCCGGCCGCCGGUCGCUCCGGUGCCGUCCGGACCGGGACCCCCGUCUGAGUCCGGAGCGAAGUGGAUGUGCCAGUACUGCACCUACGUGAACAACAGUCCCACCGUGGCGUGCGAGAUGUGCAACCUGUCGUCCAGAGACUCCGCUGGAGCUUCUCUGCCUCAGUCUCUCCAGCAGACGGCGUCCAGCGCCAAAGACCAACCCCCCCAACCGGGGCCCCGAGGCGACCUGGAGGCCAAGCGGCAGAAGACGAUGAGGGAGGACGGCCUCCAUCUCGUCCAGCAGAUCAGAGAAGCAGAACGCCGCGGCGUCAGCGCCGAGGAGGUGUACGCCGCCAUCUGCAUGUGCGGCGGCGGCAGCAACACGAACCCCUGUGAUUGGCUGACGUCGGAGCUGCCUCACCUGCUGGACGAGAUCUGCGCCAUGGCGGCUUCCGUCCAGGUGGAGAGAGACGGCGAGGAGGCGGAGCCGAGCGAACCCGGCGUCCCGGACGAAGGCGUGAAGCUGUCGAGAGCCGAGGCCAAGCUGGCCUGGCUGUCGGCGAGAGGAGACACCGACAGAGCCGUGAGACAGCUGCUGAGAGACAGACAGGUCAAGAUGAAGGAGCUGCACUCUCUUGGCUUCAGGGACGCGCUCCGCUCCGAGGAGGCUCUCCGGCUGAGCGGGGGGGAUGUGAAGGGGGCUCUGUCUCUGCUGCAGCGCCCCCUCCUGGAGCCCUUCCACCAGCGCAUCUGGGCCGACCAGCCCGAGCCGCCGAUUGACCCCAAACACCCGGACAAACAGCGGAUGUGCCGGCGCCUGCUGGCGCUGUACGACCUGCCCAGCUGGGGGCGCUGCGAGCUCGUCCUGGCGCUGCUGCAGGAGCCGGACAUCACCUCCUCGCUGGAGGACGUGGUGCAAGCCGUGAAGGAGUCCCAGGACAAGGACUUCAUCCGCCGCCUCCUCAUCAACGAGUGCCCCUGCUGCCUGAGCAUCUUCCCCCGCAGCAAGAUGCAGUCCCUGACUUCCUGCCAGUGCUCCGUGUGCCACGAGUGCUUCGGGCAGCACUUCACCGUCGCCGUGAGAGACAAACACAUCCGGGACAUGGUGUGCCCGGUCUGCGGCGAGCCGGACAUCAACGACUCGGAGCAGCUGGACAGCUACUUCUCCACGCUGGACAUACAGCUGCGUAACUGUCUGGAGCCGGACGUGUACGGGCUGUUCCACAAGAAGCUGACUGAGCACGCGCUCAUGAAAGACCCAAAGUUCCUGUGGUGCUGCCACUGCACCUCCGGCUUCAUCAACGACGGAGACCAGCUGAAGGUCACAUGUCCGUCAUGCUGCAGGAGUUUCUGCGCUCAGUGCAAGAAGCCUUGGGAGCCCCAGCACCAGGAUCUGUCCUGUGAGCAGUUCCAGCAGUGGAAGAGGGACAACGAUCCGGACUACCAGAGGCAGGGCCUGGCCGGCUUCCUGAAAGACAACGGCAUCACCUGCCCAUCCUGCAGGUUCCAGUACGCUCUCACCAAAGGCGGCUGCAUGCACUUCAGCUGCUCCCAGUGCCGAUACCAGUUCUGCAGCGGCUGCAACAACCCGUACCACAAGACGGUCUGUAAGGCGGCUCAGUGCAGUUACCCCGGCCUCCAUGCUCACCACCCGCGGGACUGUCUCUUCUACCUCAGAGACUGGGAGCUGCCCAGGCUGCAGGCUCUGCUGCAGAGGAACAGAGUGGACUUCAACGUGGAUCCCUCCGAUGCAGCGCAGGCUGACGCCUGCUGUGUGAUGGAGCAGAAGGAUGAAGCCGGUCAUCAGAUCGAUUCCCCGUGUGGCCUCCAGGCCGAGCCGGGACAAGCCGGGCUCUGCGAGAAGCACUACAAGGAGUACCUGGUGAGCCUGGUCAACGCCCACUCUCUAGACCCCGCCCCCCUCUUUGAGCCCAGCGAGCUGACCCGGGCCUGUGAGAGGUACCUGGUGGACACGCAGAGAGGAGCUGACGGCGAGGACGACGACCUUUACCACGCUCGACUCCUCAAGAAACUGAUGGAGGUUCCUCUCGGAGAAACGGUUCCUCGGAACAAAUAGAACGGUUCUCCUGAACCUCAGCGCUGCUUUGGUCCUUUAAAAAAUGUUAUGCAAACGUGCUUUUGACGAGCACGUCGGACCCAAAACAACAACAAGGAACAUUAAAACAACAAUAAAGAACAUUAAACAUCAUUAAAACAACAAUAAGGAACAUUAAAACAACAAUAAGGAACAUUAAC